GUGGAUGGGAGAGGGUGGAGGGGGUUCAGAGGAGGAGAGAGAGUGAGCACAGCAUUUGAGAAACCAGCUGAUCAGAGCUGAGGUAUUCUGCCACAGAGGCAGAGGGGGAGAGAGAGAGAGAGAGAGAGUGCGUGACUGGAAAAAAGAAAAAGGGAGGCAGAGAAAGCAGCUCAAAUCUGUAUGAUUUUAAGAUCGGUGACAUACAGAGAGGAGAAGAGGGAAGAGAUGCCUGCUGCCUUUCAUGGGAAACUGGGAACUCACAUGAAGGGAGAAGCUCUGAGGAAAGAUGUGAGAGCUGCUGGCAGGGUGGAAAUCUGAGGAAGAGUCACACAGAAGAGGAUCAGCGCUUUAAAACCAAUCCUGUCAGGGCGCUGAAGAACCCAGAGGAAUAAGGAGGGAUGUCUUGGCUGUCACCAGUGUCAUGGGCCAAAUGGACGUGGACGGCGGUGAGAGGGGGAGAGGGAGAGGAGGAUGAAGAGGGGCAGGAGGCCAGCGAGGAGAGGGAGCAGCGUGGAAGGAGAGAAGAGGAAGAGGAGGAGGAGGAGGAGGAGGAGAGGUCUCAAGGCUGCAGCUCUGACUCAGAGGGUCACUUUGGUACGCCUGAAGCAGCGACUCCUGUCCGCAACCCUCCGACCAUCCCGGGAGAGCUGGAGAACAACAACACUGAUGCAGACAAAACAGCCUUGGAGCAGGAGGAGAACCUCAUAGUGAGUGCUCCUGUAGAGGAUCAGGAUAUUUUCCUCAGUCACAACAUGGGUCAGGAUGAACCUGCAGUCCCCAUGGGUGGCCCGCUCGAAAUAAACAUCCAGACGCUUGAAGAAGAACAAACAGAGCACCUUCCUGAAGACCUGGGCUCUGUGCCUGCUCCUGAUUCAUCCUCUCAGAAGGAAGAGGCUAAAUUUGCAGCUCCAUCCUCUGAACCAUCCCAAGACCCAACCCCCCUCCUUACUGCAGAUCCUAUCCCAGCAGAUCUGGCUCCUGCUCCAGGUCCUGCUCCUGAACCAGACUCAGUCCUGAGCAGUGAACCUGCAGCCUCCUCAGCUCCAGAGUUCCCUGAGGAGAAACCUGUCGCUGAGCCAGAGGUGCAGUGCAACGGCCUCUCCAGCCAGGCAGAACCCGCUCGAAAGACUAAAACCAAUAAAUCCAAGCCUCCAUCUCUGAAAAUGAAGGCCUCGCUGAAUGAGCUUGCUGAAACAAAUGAGGAACAAGAACUUCCUCCUCCCCAGGCCACAUACAACUUUGACCCCGACCAGCUAGACGACAGCUUCAACCCCUUCACCAGCGGUGGGUCCAAAAUUCAGAACUCCCCCCCACCAUGCGGCCCAGGCUCUCUCCCCAGACUGGAGCCACUUGGUAGCUCGAUUCCCGUUUGUGACGACAGCUCAGCGGCAAAAGCUGACUUGGGAAUGAUGGAGUCAGAACCAGAGGUGAAGCCUGUGUUGCUGGAGUUUGGUCUGGAUGAGGGAACAGUCAGCAAGCCUCCUCCAAGGAAACUAGGGGGAAAAAAGACAAUAAGCAAACUUGCUGCAAAGAAGCAGAAGCCCAAAACAUCAGAGGCUUCUAGCAAACCUGCCACAGAACCCACAGUAUCAGAAACAGAUUCCCAACCAGUGUUAGAGCCACUUUCUCAACCAGCACCAGAACCAGUUCCCGAGUCUAUAACAGAACCUGUUGCAGAAACUUCUUUACCAGUUUCAGACUCUUCUGCACCUCUGAACCUGGACGAUGUUCCCAUUCCUAAGACUGGAUCCUACAACUUUGAUCCCAGUCAGUGGGACGACCCAAACUUCAAUCCAUUUGGCGGCACUAGCAAGAUGAGCAGCUCCCCGGUGCUCCCCAAAGGCUCCUACAGCUUCGACCCAGACAAUUUUGACGAUUCUGUGGACCCUUUCAAAUCUUCUAAAGCCCUGAGCAUGGAGGACUCGUCCAGUAGCGCCCCUCAGCCGGAGAAAAAAGUCAAAGAUGGAGGCAAACAGAAAGCAGGGCAGCCGCCUGGGGAGAAGAAAGUGAGGCAGAUUCCCAAGAAAAGCAAAGAAAGGACAAUCACGAAUUCCUGUAAAGUACAGAAAUACGAUGAAAGCCAGUCCUUGGUUCUUGACGUGUGUAAUCAGGAUGAGGAUGAAGUGGUGGUUGAGACCCCACAGAUCACUCAGCGAGUUCACCACGCCACAGAUGAGGAGAAGCUGGCUUCCACUUGUAUGAUGGGUCAGACAACAGACAGCCGGGAGGAGAGAGGAGAGCCUGAAUGCAAUAAAGCACCAGCAAAAAAACAGCCAAUCCAGGAUAUAUCUGCGAUGGACAGUCCUGAGACCAAGAUUGCAGAUGACCUGGAGGAGAAGGACUGCUUCAGCCUGAAAGACGAUAUAAGUGAGAUUUCCAUGAACCAAACAACAAAAAUGAGCUGCAGUGAGAUCCACGACACAGUGACUCUGUCCCAGGACGGCCUUCCUCUGAGUGAGAUGGACAAGGCUGCAGUGCUGACGCUGAUCAGAGAAGAGAUUAUCACAAAAGAGAUUGAGGUCAACGAAUGGAAGAGAAAAUAUGAGGAGAGUAGAGCAGAAGUUAUGGAGAUGAGGAAAAUAGUUGCAGAAUAUGAGAAAACAGUUGCACAGAUGAUUGAGGACGAGCAGCAGCAGAAGACUCUGACCAGCAGUAAGUCAGUCAGGCAGUUGACCUUAGAGAGGGAUCAGGCCAUGGCUGACCUCAACUCAGUGGAGCGCUCCUUCGCUGACCUCUUCAGGAGGUACGAGAACAUGAAAGGAGUCCUGGAGGGAUUUAAGAAGAACGAGGAGGUGCUGAAGAAGUGUGCCCAAGACUACCUGAUGCGCAUCAAGCAGGAGGAGCAGCGAUAUCAAACCCUCAAAGUCCACGCUGAGGAGAAACUGGACAAAGCUAACGAGGAGAUCGCUCAGGUACGGUCCAAGGCCAACGCUGAGGGCGUCGCUCUGAACGCCAGCCUGAGAAAAGAGCAGAUGAAGGUGGAUUCAUUAGAAAGAGCUGUCCUUCAAAAGAAUCAGGAGAUCGAGGAGCUCACCAAGAUCUGCGACGAACUGAUCGCCAAACUGGGAACAGAAUAAGAGGCCUUUAAUCAAACUCUGUGGCACUUGACUAAACUUUAACACAUGUGCUCUCUGUGGCUCGAGCCCUGGACUUUUCUCACAGCAGCACGCGAUGCGAAUUCCAUACAUGAUCGUACUUCUGCACAUCAGAGCAUAUGUUUUAAAAAUAUAUAUAUAUAUUAAUGACAUACAGCAUGGUUGCACUUGCUCAUUUUUGCCUUUUUAGACUGAAAUUUCAGACCAGAACAAUAAUUGUUCAUUAUAUUAAUCAUGUCACGGCAACUGAAGAAGCACAAAGUUAAUAGGAGGUAUAUUUUCAUCAUUCUGAGGAAGAUUUCUCAAUCUUUGGUGACGGAUUCACAGUAAAGGAUCCUCUUAUGUUUUAACGAUUCAUUCAACUUUAAAUGUCUCACAAAGAAUUUCUGUCACCAUUUUAUGCUGCAUGUGUGCAGGAUCUAAGGGAAAGAUGGUGUGGGCAGACAGCACAGGCCUUUUCACCACGUCACAUUUACACUGUAAUUAACUGUACUAAUGAUACAGUCUGCAGAAAACACAAAUCUCUCUAUUGAGUGCCUACACUGGUCACAGUGUAUUCUGGCCUUUACAUAAUCGUUUGCUGGCAUUUCUUUUGCAAUACAGACGGUUUAGAUCACAUUUCUUCAACUGCCUUUCAGUUUGUCUUAUACGUUUUGUCAUCAUUUAUGCAGAGUUUGAAGUUAAACCACAGAGUUUUAACGUAAAGUAAAUCACACCACUAUAAAUUUAGAGGAUUUAUGAAGAGCACUUAAGAGAACCAUACUUUCCAUUCAGUUAAAUAACCGCUUCUUCAUUUAAUUAAUACUUUGACAUCAAUGGGAGACGCAGUGCAAACUUGACUCUCAUUAUUCUGUAAUAAUAAACCAUGUGCCAUGUCUCACUUUCUAUCACUCUGCGUUUGAGUGUGAAAAAGUUACCAGUUGCCAUGUAAAUGUAUUUGGACUGUAUUCAUAUUUUAUCUGUGAACCCAAAUGUUGCUGGUGUGCCUUUAUUUGGUCUAUUUUGUAAAAAAAAAAGAAAAAAAAAGAAAAAAGAUUUUUUUUCCUCCAUGCAGUUGUUUCCUGCACUCUGUUGCCAAAGUGUACCGUACACCGUCUGUUUCACGUAUGAUCAAAGUAUUCUGAAGAGCAGUGAGCUAUAAUGGGUUUGCAGUUUUAAUGCUUUACCUGCGGUGAUCGAUCAAUAAGGUCCACGUUUUAGGGAGCAGAGGGUCAUCACGUAAUUAUAUCUCCUUUUGCUGAUAAAUGUUUUCUGGUCUGAUUGAACUUGAAGGAGCACACAAGUGCAUUUUUGGACAGAUAUGUAUAAAAGACAGACUUUUGUAUGGAAACCUUCUUUUACUUCAGCACAAUCAAUUGCCAAAUGAGUAAAGUGAAAAGGGUUUUCGGUGUGACUCCGUGUCCUGUUGUUGAUGUGUUUUAUCAGUUGGAACGUGCUUUUCAAUGCAAAUCCAUUGUUAUAGUACAACAUGUGUACAUUUUAUACUUUAUGAAAAGAACAUUCAGAAUUUUGUCGCAAAUAUUUGUAUAAUUGAAGAAUUACGUAUACUCAGAUUGUAUGUUAACUGUUAUAUUUUGUGCAUUCCUGAAUAAAUGGUUAAGAUUUAA